CAAUUAACUCCAUCGCAACAGCAUACAGCUACAGAAGUAUGAGUGAUACACAUGGGACUGGCGCGCCGACGUCGUGCACGCCGAGCUCGCACGAUUAUACGAAGCCGGCGCUGGUGGUGGUGGUGGUGGUGAUGGCCACCGUCUCCGGCGCCAUGUCGGUGGUGGGCGUGGAGCGGCUGAUCCGCGGCCGGUUCACGCUCUUCUCCAUGGUGCGCUUCCUCCUCCGCUCCACCUUCGUCCUCAUCCUCCCGCUCCUCUCCUCCAUGUCGCGGGACACCGUGCACCGCCCCAGCGUCCUCUUCGUCCUCCUCUGGAUGCUCCUCGUCGAGCUCAUGCGCAAGAAGGUGUCGUCCAUGGCGCGCUCGUCGGGCGCCGACGGCGGCGCCUUCUCCAGGGCCACCGGCGGCCGGUUCAGGCUCAUGGGCCACUGCGACGAGGCCACCAAGCUCGCCUGGAUCGGCUGGCUCAUCUUCCAGAACACCUACUACUCCGACUCCAAGUGCGGCGACCACAAGGUGCUCGCCAUGUUCGCCGUGCUCUGGUCCCUCGUCGUCGCCAAGCUUCUGCAGAGGGUGUUCAACGAGUGGAAGGCCCAGGAGUCGCUCACCGCCGCCGGCAACACUCACCUCAUCGCCGGCUACAUGCAGCUCGUCGUCGACAAGGAGGCGACCGCCGCCGCCGCCGCCGCCGCCGCCGCCGGCACCGCCUUGGCACGCUGCAAGUACGUGGUGAUGGGUGAGGAGAAGCUCGUCGUGCACGCUGUAAAGAAGAAGAAGCACGAUGUGGUCACCACCACCAUCACCACCCCUCACUGCGGCUACGGCGUGGGGACGUAUCCCCAACACCAGAGCGAGCAGAAGCACGUGAACCUCCUCGUCGACAUGGCCAAGUGCGACGAGGUCGUCACCGUGCAGAAGAUCAAGAGAAAGAUAAAGCUGCCACGGUGGUGGUGCUGCUGCUGCUUCACCGUCACCGGCAGCCGGUUCACCGACUACAUAUACCAGCUGUGCUUCUCCUUCGCCCUCUUCAAGCUGCUCCGCCGCCGCUUCGAGCACUACCCGAUGGUGGAGGCCGGGUCACAGACGUCGAGGCAGCUGCUGCUGGAGGAGCUCCUCGUCGGCGGGGCCAAGAAGACGUUCCGGGUGAUGCGCCAGGAGCUCGACUUCCUCGACAGCUACUACGACGCCGGCUCACCCGUCGCCAUGUCGUCGCCAUGGCUGUUCAUCGUCAACUACUUCUUCUCCCUCGUCUUCGUCUCCACCUACCUCGCCGCCAUCAUCGUCGUCCUCGUCGACGUCGAGUAUAACAUGGGCACGUUCAAAAGUCAUCUCCCAAGCCCAGGGCUCUACAUCGCCGUCUCCAUCCUGCUCGUCGUCACCCUCGUCGCCGUCGAGUUCACGGAUCUCCUCACCAACUACAUCCUCUCCAACUGGUUCAUGGUGCACCUCUUCUGCCUGCAAGCCGGCGACGGCGGCGGCCGGGUCUGGAGGUGGGUCUGCAAGCCGGCGAUCUGGAUGUUCAUCGCCGGCCGCUUCCUGCUCUUCUACUCGUUCCAGUGCAUGCUGCGGCUGAGUUGCAGGGGCGUCAAUGUCGACAAGAUCAAGCUCAAGCAGGUGUCCAUCCUGCGGGUUUGCGAGCCGGUCCACAAGGUCUUGACGUGGUCGCCUCAGGUGAAGCUGGCCACGGAAGGCCAGACGGCCAUCGUCAACUUCUUGGAGGACGUUGUCCGUGACAGUCUCAAAGACGAUGGCAACGUGGCCAUUGUCAGCAUGCCCAAGUUAAGCGGCCUUCAACCUAAGAAAGGUGUUGAUGACACUGCUACACAAGUCGUCCUGGCGUGUCACCUCGCCACGGAGCUCUUGGAGAUGAAGCAUGUCGUCAUGGUGGACAAGGAGGCGAAGAAGGAGAAGAAGAAGAUGAAGAGGGAGGAUCGGAGAGCCCACGACCUGCACCGGGGCGUCGCGACGGCGCUGUCGCGGUACUGCAUGUACCUGGUGGCGCGGUCGCCGGAGCUGCUGCCGGACAACGAGAGGUGGGUGGCCGACAGGUACGGCGACAUGAGGGCCUUCCUCGACGAGGCGGCGUCGCGCCGCCGCCGCCGCUGCUGCUGCUGCCUGCGCCGCCGCCUCUGGAAGUGCGGGUGCUGGCGAACCUUCCUGAUGGACGACAUGGUGGUCGACGCCGCGGCGGACCCGGCGGCGCAGGCCGGCGUGGCGUUGUUCCGGAAGCUGCAUGCGCGGACGACGACGACGGAGGGCGGCGCGGUGGUGGUCUCCGCGUGGAAGGAGCUCGCCGACUUCUGGGUCCGCAUGGUCGUCUACCUCGCGCCGUCCAGCGACGUCGAGGGCCACGCCAUGGCGCUCGCCGACAACGGCGGCGACCUCAUCACCUACCUCUGGGCCUUCUGCACGCACGCCGGCAUCAUCCGCGACCCAAACCCAAGUGACAAGUCGCUGGUGUAGUAGGCAUGCAGGCAUCUGUGCCCUACUACUCAUCAUCUCUGCAGAUCGAUCGAAUGUGCGCAGUGUCGAUGAUCAUGACGUACGUACGCUACCAAUGGUGUUGGUUUGAUUGAUUGAUUUCUUUUUCUUUUUUGAAAUUUCCUUCGCUUGUGUGUUUGCAUGGUUUGGUGUGGUAUAUUGCAAGUUUAGUUCGUUGAUUCAUGGUAUUGUAUGAUUUUCAGUUUGUUUUUAAACACAUGUAAAGAAGAUUGUAUUGUGUGUGUACAUGAACAUCUAUUUAAUAAAUUAUAUUUUGUGGUGUGACCAACAA